GAAAGUGAUGGCAGUGGAAUAGUUGCGUAGAUAGUGUGAUAUUUCUAAAUGUUACACAAUCAGCAGAUACCAGCAUUAGUAAAACAUUCACGCUUAUGCCCACCGGCUAGGUAUCUGCUGUCCUGGUUUCUCCCAGGGAUAACCACGAGCAGAGCUAGCUGUUGCUGGGAGUAACGUUAGCCACAUGUGCUGGAGAUGCUAAUUCGCUAGCGGGGAAGCGAUUUGCCGCAUCCUCGGAUAGGACCGAAAUGACAGCUGAUCGUAGAAGUGGUUAGUUAACUGGUUAACUAGCCAACAACAUACGGGGAGACGCAGCUCGUUAGGUAGCCAGGUCAGCCAGCAAGCUAGGUCCAGGCUAGCUAACUGAGCUAGCUAGAUAUCUUGUGGGUGUUGGUAAUGACUUCCUCGAUGAUGGUCCCGGUCAUCGAUGUGCAGAACAAUAAUUUCAAGGAGCUGUGGCCAGCAAUGCUGCUGGCGAUUAAAACUUCGUCUUUCAUUGCGCUGGAUACAGAAUUAAGUGGACUGGGAACCAGAAAGGCUUUAUUGGCAGAAUCGAUCGAAGAUCGAUACAAAGCCAUAUGCCAUGCGGCUCGCACACGCUCUGUUCUCUCGCUGGGAAUCGCCUGUUACAAGAAACUCGAGAACAAAGCUGAUGACACUUACCUGGUGCAGGUGUAUAACCUGACACUGCUGUGCACAGAGGAGUAUAUUAUAGAACCCCAGUCUGUACAGUUCCUGGCGCAGCAUGGAUUCGACUUCAACAAACAGUAUGCCCAGGGCAUCCCAUACUACAAGGGCAAUGACAAGGGCGGGGAUGUCCACGGGCAGAACAUGCGUACCUUGUUUGUGGAGCUGCUGCGGGCCCGCAAGCCGCUGGUGCUGCACAACGGACUGAUCGACAUGGUUUUCCUGUACCAGUGCUUCUACGCCCACCUGCCGGAGCGGCUGGGCACCUUCACUGCAGACCUGUCCGAGAUGUUCCCCGCCGGCAUCUUUGACACCAAGUACGCCACGGAGUACGAGCUGCGAUUCGCCGCCUCGUACCUGGAGUACGCCUACAAGAAGUGCAAACUGGAAAAUUGCAAGUUGGUGGAGGUGGGCGGGGGCGGGCCCCAUCUGUUCCUGGAGUUCUGCAGUUACUCAGGGAAUAUGCGCAGCUACAUCGACUACCGGCCCUGCUCGGACUGCUCCAGCCAGGAGGGGCGGCUGGACAUCUGCCUGCGCUUCUCUGCCUACGGCUGGUGCCCCAACGGAUCCAGCUGCCCCAUGUCCCACAACACUGACCUGAUCCUUCAGCAGGAUGAGAAGGUCAAGGCAGACAAGAGGAGGAAGAGGAAGCAGAAGAGGAAGCAGAAGGCGGCCCAGGAGGCAGGGUCCCAGGAGGAGGACUGUGUGCCCUCGGGCAAGAAGCCAUGCCUGGAGGGGGUGUCCGACACAGUGACGGCACCUGGCGCAGAAGGGGAACCAAUGAAUGACCAGCCCCAGGGAGAAGAGGAGCCUUUGAACGUCGAGCGAACACCGACAUUGGCAGCCGAGGGGAACUGCGGUAACGGGGCUUACGAGCCUCAAGCAGCGUCCGCAGAUGGGACGCCAGACGACCCCCCACCCGCAGCGAAGACGGGGGCUGAAGGGAAGAAGGCGGAGGGCGGCACCCACCGGGCGGGAUUCGACGCCUUCAUGACAGGGUACAUCUUCUCCUUCGCCUGCACCCUGAAGGGCAGGCCAGACGAGUCGAGCUCAGACACACGCCUCCCUGAGUGUCAGAAUAAGCUCUACCUCAGCGGAAAAUCUGUCCCCCUUCACAUCGUGAAGAGCACCUUCUCCAAGUCCUCCAAAGCCCACACACACAAGAUGGAGAUGGUGUGGGGGAAGAGCUGAUCUAGAUAUGUAGGGAGUGGGGACUUCUAGGCAAGAAGGAUGGUUGAUUUUCUAUCUAGUUGAAUCACACUUAACUUGCACUCUUUAGGAGCGUGGUCCUGCCAGCUUAGGGAUUCAUUUCUCAUGUCAGGGAAAAAUAUUUUGAGAACAGCAUUGGUUCAGGAGGCUUUUUUAUGAAUUAGAUUAACAAUGGACUGGGUGGUUAACAUGUUGGAGAAACUCAUUAAAAGGCUUUUUCUUUUUCUUGAGUGUAGUUCUUGGUGACAGGAACAAUAUAAACCACACACAAAGGAGUCAGCUGGUCCAACAGGAAAGCAAACAUCGCAGCUCAUUUAGAAAUGCAUUUAUCCAAGCUGCAAAUUUCAUGAAACUAUCUGUGACUGGAAACAAGUUGUCUUCUGAAUAAUUAAUGAGUAGGACCACAGACAUUUGUGCAUCCAAACCCAGCUAAACUCAGGGGCCUGAGAGUAGGGUAACACUGUGAACUUGGAAAGAGUCCUCUGACACUGAUAUCUGCAAAACAGUCACACAUUUUUGUAUCUUUACCAAGCUUUGGUCUUGCGGGAUCUGUCAGCGUAAGGUUCUGUGUGACCAAAAACUCACUAGAUGAAAAAUGAAAAUGAAAAAUAAAAUGAACUGUUUUGCAAGUAUCAGAGUGCUAAAGUAUUUCCAAUUUUACAGUCAUCUUCCAUAUUUUUUUUUUCCUGUAGCCAUUAUUCUGUUACUGUUGUAAUUUUGUCAUCUCUGAA